UGUUAUUGUGAGUAUUUAGUUGUUGAUUUUAAUUAUGGAAUCACAGCCUGGCGGCUCUAAAAUGAAUUCACCACGCAAAAAGCGUCAAAAGCGGACGUAUUUUACAUCGAAUGAAAAAGGAAUGGUCGUUAAUGUGCACAAAUACGUGAAGCAAACUUGGCCUACAGAUGAAUAUCCGUACAAAACACGUUUAAUGGAGAAAACAGCGAGCAUUUUGGGCAUCGGUGUCGCUUCCGUAUAUAGAAUAAUAAAAGAAUAUGCAACUGUGCUGCUGAUAAAUGGCGAAAUUGUGUGGAUCAUGUUAUAAAAGUCGAGGACAAUUUUUAUAGCAAUAUUGACAACAUGAUUGAUAAUACAAUAGAUAGUUUUAUCAUAAACACAGCUGACUCGGACUCUUCCGAUGAAUCAUCUUUGUCUAGUACAGAUGACAGCGAUUAAAAUUCGAACUUUGUAAUAAUUUAUUUAAAUAAAAAUGUUUUUUACUCCUGAAACUUUGUUUACAUGUUUUAU